GGCCGGCUCUGCGCUUGCUGCCGUGAGAAGAGGAAAGAUGGCGGAGGAGGAGAAGCUCCCCGCGGGCUGGGAGAAGCGCAUGAGCCGCAGCUCCGGGCGUGUUUAUUAUUUCAACCACAUCACAAAUGCCAGCCAAUGGGAGCGCCCCACUGGCAAUAGCAAGAAUGGUCAAGGGGAGCCAACAAAAGUGCGAUGCUCACACCUCUUGGUGAAACACAAUCAAUCUAGGAGACCCUCAUCAUGGAGGGAAGAUAAAAUCACGCGAAGCAAGGAGGAGGCCCUGGAACUAAUUAAUGGCUACAUCCAGAAGAUUAAAUCUGGGGAGGAAGAUUUUGAAUCCUUAGCAUCCCAGUUCAGUGACUGCAGCUCAGCCAAGGCAGGGGGAGACCUGGGUACUUUUGGAAGAGGUCAAAUGCAGAAACCUUUCGAAGAUGCCUCCUUUGCGCUGAGGACUGGUGAGAUGAGUGGACCAGUAUUCACAGAUUCAGGGAUCCAUAUAAUUCUGCGUACAGAAUGAGUAUUUUGGUACCAUGCACUUGGAAAAGAAAGGGUGAUUGGGAAAAAAGGAACAAGAGAACCUUUAUUCCAACCAUUGGUACGCUCUCUAUCCCAGAACAAACUUCAUAUCUAGCUUAUUUUUUAUUUUUGUUUAUAUAUAUACAGUAUAUAUAUAAACAACAAGUGUGUGCAUAUGUAACACACAUAAAUGUAUCCCUGUUUCAUAUUUCAGUACCUUAUUUGACA